CGAACGCCAUGAUCUUUUCACAGAUCUACGUGCCCCAGUGUCUAGUUUCAGAAACUGAAAACCGCAAGUCUGUAGCAUUCACCGUUAAAAAGUUAUAAGCAAAAUAUCGGAGUCCAUUAUAUUUUGAUACAGAUAGUAAUAGCGCCAUCUUGUAAAGCAUAUUUCCUUACGUAGAAAAGAAGUGUUUUCCUUCUCGAAAUAUAUCACAUAAUAGAAUUGUAAACAAAAGAAGAGUUGGACGAUGACUCCUCAUUUCUCACCAUAUGUCACACACAUUUUCAUUUUCAUCUGGGAGCAGUCACUUUGAGAUCUGUGGCUGUCCGGGAUAUCUCAUCUGAAAGAGAGCAAGCUAUACUAGGUCCUAUAAUGCUUUCCUAUUUUACAAAGUCUUUUUACUACUUAGACGAACGAUGAAAAAACUUGACCAGUUCUCGCGUAAGUCCGUUACGAAAAUAGGAUAUAUUGACAUUUUCUCCGGAACAAUACGUCCCUGUCGGCACCAAAUUUUUGUGCAAAGACAAGUUUUGACGGGCUAUCCAACGCAUUUAUUGCAUUGUACUCAACUGUUUCCUUUCAUGAGAAAAAACGUAACGGACUUACGCCGGGUCAGUUGUACAAAAAAUAUCAUCUUGAUUUUUUUGCUGUUUUUAAAAAUUGUUAAUCUGAGAUUGUAAGGUUUGUAUGUUAGGAAGUUGUUAAUAAAAAGACCAGACCAUUCUUAGUUACCGAUAUUGCAGAAAUAGUUUCUUUUUUUUACUGCUGCACAUCGAUCCGUAUGACAUAGGAAGCCCGAUAGUCUGCAUUUGUGUUUAUAUCAUAAACGAAAUAUGGUAAACCUAGGUGUAAUGCAUGCCUGUGUUGAGCUUUUAGUUUUGUACACAAUGCACAAUUCAGAUAUUUUCGAUAAGUAAUAACAAUAAUUGAUUUUUUAAAAGUACGUUUCCAAAAUUACCGAUCUUGGAACCCAAUGGACUGAUAAUCAGUUGCUUAAAAUUCCAUCCUAAAACCAGGAACACAUUUGAAAUAAUCGGAAACAAUUGUUCUCUAUCAGUUUUGCUAAAAACAUUUACAGAAAUAGGGCGCAUCCAAUAAUUUUCAGAUAUGAUUUUCCAACGAUUCGGUAGAAAUGUGCUUGCUAGAAGCGAAGUAUCCUUGAAGUUCUUAAAGUAUUUCGAGCAAGACUAAACGUAAAUCGUUAUUCCUGAAAGAAUCAAGUCACUAUUUUGUUAUCUGAGAGAACUUUUGAGCCGACGAAACUCAGUAUUCGGCUCUUCAAUUGUAAAUGAGAUAUUGUAAAAGUGAUUCAUUUUAAUUUGCUUCUAAAUAGACUUAGCGAUUGCUUGCAAUCAGAUUGGUUUCGCUGACUGAAGAAUAAUUUUAUAAUUACUUCUCCUAGAUAACUAUUUCAGCAAUGGCAAAGACAGCUGUAGAACGAAUGAGAAAGUAUCGACAGAAUUUAAAACAAAAAGGACUAGCUUCUGCUAAGAAAAAUGACGAUCGAAUUCGCAAACAGGUAGCUCGCUCAAAUCUGACGGGAAAAGAGAAAUUGAACUAUCAACAACAGAACAAAAACAUCAAGCGAAUUAUCGUAAUCGAAAAACAAAAAAUAUAGCCAGCAUUCCGCCAGUCUACAAGUCGAAACAAACAUUUUCGAAAGCGCUGAAGAAAGUAAUAACAGCAUUGCCAAAAGAUAUCUCUAAACAACGUGAAAUAAUCAAACGUGUUAGUGAAACACUUGGACUAACACCGAAAACCACACAUAAGCGAACAGCACCGACAUUGACGGUUAAGACGAAGCAAGACGUAAUCCAACUAUAUCAACGUGACGAUAUCUCUUGGCAAGCACCAGGAAAACGGGAUACAAUUGUUGUCCGACAGAACGGUACGAAGAUAACAAUUCAGAAACGCCAUCUUCUGUACGAUAUCCGGGAAGUUCAUCAAAUGUUUAUCGCUGACAACCCAGGCACGUCGAUCUCACGUUCGACUUUUGCAAAUUUGCGUCCUGAACAUGUAUUGUACAAAUCGACGCUAGCACAUCGAGUAUGUGUAUGUAUUUAUCAUGAAAAUGUGAAUUUGAUCAUUCGUUCAUUAUCCCGAAAUAUCAACGGUUCAUUUUGUCAAGAUUUGUCUACAUUGACAUCAUCUCUCGUCUGCGAUGAAACGGAUGAACGCUGUAUGUCAUCAAUCUGUCAUAAAUGCCGGGAUAAUUUCGAUACAAAUAUUCGAAAGAAUAUUGUAAACAAAAAUGUCCUAGUCCAAUGGCUUGAAUGGACAAAUCAAAAAGGACGAGUAACAAAGAAUGAAAAACAGGACACGGUUGAAAAUUUAGUCGAACAUUUGUCGAAAAAGAUCGAAGUAUAUCUUUCACAUGUUUGGACAAAACGGCAGCAAAGUACAUAUUUUGAACGAUCGAAAGAAGAAAGCGAUGACUAA